AUGCUGUCCAAUCCGACCACAGGGCUUCACGCCAGGCAGAGGCAGCAUCGCCGCCAAAGCUCGACACCCUCUGCCUUUGAGGGCGUGAAGAUCCCGACCUUGCCCAACGCCAACCAGCAAAGGCAGGCCGCCGGCCACCGCCGCGGUCUCAGCCUCGACACUCGACGACAACAGCAAAUGGCGUCGCCUACGACACGGCAGGAUUACAAGCAUCACGUUCUGCGAGAAGCGCAGCAGCAACGCCUACAAGCACGCCCGGGCACCCACCACCAUCAUCAUCAGCAGCAGCAGCGGCGGCCGCCUCAACCGCAGCAGCAGCAGCAUCAAGCGCCGCCGCCGCCGCCGCAGUACGCCUCAAUGGCACUUGGCGAUCGCGAGAGCUACCUCAUGUCUCCCCAUGCGACGCCGCAGACUAACCGGUUCAACCCGGCACCGUGUUUCGACACAAGCUCCAUCCCCUUCAACCCCUACGGAGCCCAGUUGAACCUCAUGAUGCAGAAGAACCAGGAGAGCUUUGCCAACAACAUGGGCGAGGCCAAGGAGUUCGAGCUCUACACCAACGAAAGCGAUCUCACCACACCCACCUUCGUCAACUUCCCAGAAAGUCCCUCCGGCCAGAACUGGACUCCAGAAGACGCCUCUCGGAGAAACUCGAGGAGAAUCAGCAACGGCAUCGUGGACCGGGUUCACAAGUAUGAGAAUAUGGGCAUGGAAGGAAUGCAGAGGCCAAUGACGCCUCCCAACCAGAAUGGAAACAACUACUAUCCUCCCACGCCAAUGGAGACCCCCCAUGACCGGACGACAAAGCGUGAGCAGCGGCCUGACAGGUUUCACGACGACUAUGACGAGUCCAUGGAGGAAACCAUCAAGCCGAUGCGCAACCGGUCAAACCAGCGCGCCCCCAACAUGUUCCAGGAGAUGCGGCAGCAAGCCGAGAGGAGCCCUGCACAGCCUAGUCCGCCGCGUUCAAACAGAAUGCCCAACGCCAAAAGAUUCGUCGGAGUGCAGGCGCAGGCCCCUGAGUUUGUGGACAUGAACGCCCUGCGGAGCCAGUUCGCCAAGUUGGAGGGCAGAUACGACGACCUGGGCUUUGAGGGAGACGCUCUCCAUCAGGCCGCAGACCUGCACCAUCCGUCGCCCGCAGAUGCGCAGCACAUGGGGCAGUUCCUGGGGGGGUUCGAUGACAAUCCAGAAAUGCCCCGGUUCCCUCCCCCGGGCCUCGGCGAAGCCGGUUCAAGUGCUCCGUCGAGAAGAGCAUCGCCGCACCGGCGCAACGAUAUCGCGAGCAUCAACAUCGAGGAGACCAAGACGGAGACGGGAGUGACAAUUGAGGAGAUUGCGCAGUACAUCCGCAGCCCCGAGACGACCGAUGGCAAGUGGACGUGUCUGUUUGAUGACUGCGGCAAGAAGUUUGGGCGCAAGGAGAACAUCAAGUCGCACGUCCAGACGCACCUCAACGACCGCCAGUACCAGUGUCCGACGUGCAAGAAGUGCUUCGUUCGGCAGCACGACCUCAAGAGGCACGCCAAGAUCCACACCGGAGUCAAGCCCUACCCGUGCGAGUGCGGCAACAGCUUUGCCAGGCACGAUGCCCUGACCCGCCACCGCCAGCGAGGCAUGUGCAUUGGCGCCUUUGACGGCAUCGUGCGCAAGGUGGUGAAGCGAGGCCGGCCGCGCAAGAAUCGCCCAGACAUGGAGGAGCGGACGGCAAAGUCAGCCCGCCAACGUAGGAAGAACAUGUCCAUCAGCUCCACGUCGUCAAUGUCGGGCUACUCGGACAGCUCGGCUGUCAACUCGCCGGACAAUGACUACAACAUGCUGGACGAUGUGGUGGAUCUGGGGGUCGGCAAGACCGCCUCGUACUCCUCGGCGCCGAUGCCUAACAUGAUGCCCAUCCCCCCCCCGACGGCCGUCGAAGCCGCGCCAUCGCCGACUGCGAGCGUGCAUUCGUUCGUUUCCCCCGACGACAUGAUGGAGAAGACGCUGUCCAACCCGGCGACACCAGCCAAGAGCGUCGCGAGCCACUACACGACGCCGCCCGAGCUAUCGCAGUCGUCUUCGCCGCCGGCGGCUCCAUUCUUCGACGCCAGCUUUGGCGGCCCGGGAGGUUGCGACGACAUGGCGGCCGCCAUGGCUUCGGCAAGCGGAAUGGUGGAUCCGGCAAACAUGGGCGCAGCCAUGCCCCCGGGCAUCGGCGACCCGGACGAGGAUCUGCUGCUCCAGUUCACCAACGACGACGGCCUGGCUCAGUUGGAUCGCGACUCGCACAUGCUCAUGAUGACCAAGUUUGACGAAGAGUUUGACAACGUGGGCAUGUUCAACAGCGACGACAUGUUUUUCGGCAGCAGCUGA